GUUUUGUCCGCCCAGUCCUCAAUCGCCACUUUGAACAAGAUCUCUUUCAUCUCCCGAGCGUACUCUGCUGAGGCCACUGCUCAAGCCUCCGAGCCCACCAGCUCGGCGCCUGCUGAGGAGCCCGCAAGGUUCUCCGAGCUUCAGGAUGUCGACCAGGCUCUUCUCAGAGCCAUCGUUGAUGGCAUGAAAUAUGACACUAUGACUCCUGUCCAAGCCAAGACAAUCGUACCUGCUCUCAAGGGCACUGAUAUUGUCGCACAAGCCAAGACCGGUACCGGAAAGACGCUUGCCUUCCUGUUGCCCCUCCUGCAGAGAAUGAUCAACGAGGACCCGACACUCGCCAACAGAGGUGCCAGGCGUGAGGCCCGAUCUGACGAUAUCCGUGGCAUUGUUCUGUCUCCUACUCGAGAACUCGCCGAGCAGAUUGCCGUCGAGGCCCGCCGAUUGACUGCCAACACUGGCCUCGUUGUCCAGUGUGCUGUUGGCGGCACUGAUAAGCGUCAGAUGCUUAUGCAGACCCGCCGACAGGGCUGCCACCUUCUGGUUGCCACUCCUGGUCGUCUCAAUGAUCUGCUCCAGGACCCCAGAAGCAACAUUGAGGCGCCUAACCUGGCGGCUCUGGUCCUCGAUGAGGCUGAUCGAAUGCUUGAUACCGGUUUUGAGAGGGAGCUCAAUGAGAUCCAGAGCCAACUCCCUAGCCCCCACGACAAGAUUCGCCAGACUAUACUUGUUUCCGCCACUAUCCCCGACUCUGUCAUUCGCCUGGCCCGUACCAUGGUCCGCGCCGAUGAUUUUGAAUUCGUUCAGACCAUCCCCGAGAACGAGUCCCUGACUCAUGACAAGGUUCCCCAGCACAUCGUCCCCGUCUCCGGCUGGACCCACGUCUUCCCCUCGCUCUUCGAGCUGAUUGACCGUGAGACUGCCAAGUCCUUUGAGGAUCCCAAUGCCCGCCCUUUCAAGGCCAUUGUCUACUUCAACACCACCUGUCUCGUUGAGCUUGCUGGCGAGAUGGGUUUCCACCGACAGCGAAACUCUCGUUCCCGGGGCGCUCACCCUCUGCACACCUACGUUAUGCAGUCCAAGCUCACCCAGUCGCAGCGACAGAAGGCCGCCGACAUGUUCCGUGGUGCCAAGUCUGGUGUUCUGUUCUCGUCAGAUGUCACGGCCCGUGGAAUGGAUUUCCCCGAUGUCACUCAUGUCAUCCAGGUGGAUACUCCCCGAGACCGCGAGUCUUAUAUCCAUCGUCUUGGACGAACUGGUCGACAGAACAAGGAGGGUGAGGGUUGGUUGAUCAUCCCUCAUUCUUCCGUCGGGGGUGCUCGCAAGCUUCUGUCCGGUCUCCCCAUCAAGCAGAACAGCUCCCUCGAGAGUGCUGAAACUGAUGUCGAGGGUGGUGAGACCACUCCUGCUCACAAGGAUACCCGAGCAAUCUUUGAGGUCAUGCCUCGCCGACUCCUUUCAAGCACAUACGCUUCCAUGUUUGGUGUUUCCACUGACAAGGUUACCCUGGCUGAGGAUGUCAACAGCUGGACCCAACAUGGCUGGGGCUGGGAAGCCCCCCCCUAUGUCUCGCCUGUUUGGGUCAACAAGAUGGGCUUGUCCCGUGCUCGGGGCAUGAACGUCAAGGCGAAGGAUGACUUUGACGCCGGAGACGAUCGACAGUUCCGCGGAGGUGACCGA